UUGGACUGGGGCCUACUGGCUCGAGAAGUUUUGAGGAAUCGGUUUUGCAGGCGAGCAGGCUACUGGUUAGGACUUCUUUCUCUUCCAGUGAUAUUGAAAUACCUUAAGAGAAUCGGAUUAGGCAAAAAAGAUUAUCACUUUUGGAAGCAAGUGGGAAAGGCUUUGCUAUGUACAUACACGUUGUUCGGGAUAGCAUGGCUUUGGAAUGAAACGUCGCCGCUUGGUUGGUGGACCUUAAAGCCAAAGCCCAAAGAAGAAAAGGAACUAGCACACCUUUAUGAACGCAGGAAAUUUCCAUAUCCGGGUGACGAGAAGGCAAUGGAAGAGUUCGUCGCCAAAGGUGGAAUGAUUGGUACUACAAUUGGUCCUAAAGGAAUCGUUGAAUCUGAUAAAGAUUCGUUUAAUUAUCAGAAAGUAUUGCAGGAUAAGAAAUUUGAGCAAGAAGCCUUCAAGCUGUGGAUCAGGAUGAGGAAUGAAGUCAUUUCUGAGCUACAAGAGAAAGGAUAUGAUGCAGAGUGAGUGAAUUUAUUUAAUUCUUGUAUUUUCUUUUGCAAAUUAGUAUGUAAGUAGUAUUGUAUUCUGGAUUCUAGAGUUGAACAUAUUUGCAGUGUGAGGAAUUAUGGAAUAAGGUUUUAACUAUUUUAGCUCAAUCAAGUGUUAUUAUCGGAUAUGGUGGACCAUUGCCAUUUUGUAGUGUUAACAACUUUAAUGUCAUUUGUCAUUUUAACAAAAAA